CUAGUAGAAAAAAAAAAUCUGUUUGCCAUGAAUAUCAGCUAGCUAGCCACCGACAGCUGUUAGUACACUUGAGUAAAAUCAUCCAUGUCAAGGCAAAAGAGGGAAUAUCGAAGUCUUGUGCUGCUUCUGUGUACAAAUAGGGGCACACCUUCCUGCCUCCAAGCCUACUGUGAAUCGAUCCAGCUGGCUCAGUGACUAGACCAGAGGACGUUGGCACCAUUGUGUGCCAGUAGAUUUCAAGAUACUGGGAUUUUUGAAUCCAGAAGAUGAACGGUCUGUCCAUACGAGAGCUAUGCUGCCUCUUCUGCUGCCCCCCCUGCCCAAGCCGCAUUGCAGCCAAACUGGCUUUCCUCCCCCCAGAGCCCACCUAUGCUCUUCUCCCUGACCCAGAUCCAGUUUCUGGGGCUGGAGCGGCAUCUGGGUCCACCUCUGCGACUGGUCUCCCUUCUCUCGGAGCCCCUGGACUGCGCUCUCGGCUCAGCACUGCUAGCGGAGGUGACAGAGGAGGCGGUGGCGGUGGUGUUGGAGGUGGUGGUGGAGGAGGAGGUGGUGGCAGCAGCAGUGGCAGUGGCGGUGGCAGCAGUGUUGGGAGUGAGGGCAGGUGGAAGCUGCAUCUCACAGAGAGAGCAGAGUUCCAGUAUUCACAGAGAGAGCUGGACGUGACAGAUGUAUUCCUGACCAGAUCUAGCCGAGGAAACAGGGUUGGAUGCAUGUACAUUCGCUGUGCCCCCAAUGCCAGGUUCACUGUUCUGUUUUCCCACGGUAAUGCAGUAGACCUGGGCCAGAUGAGCAGUUUCUACAUCGGAUUAGGGACCCGCAUCAACUGCAACAUCUUCUCUUAUGAUUACUCAGGCUACGGCGUUAGCACUGGCAAGCCUUCUGAGAAGAACUUGUACGCUGACAUUGAUGCUGCCUGGCACGCCCUGCGCUCAAGGUACGGCAUCAGCCCUGAGAAUAUCAUCCUGUACGGGCAGAGCAUCGGCACGGUGCCUACAGUCGAUUUGGCAUCGCGGUUUGAGUGUGCUGCUGUGGUCCUCCACUCUCCUCUCACCUCCGGCAUGAGGGUUGCCUUCCCCGACACUAAGAAAACAUAUUGCUUUGAUGCUUUUCCAAACAUCGAGAAGGUGUCAAAGAUCCCAUCUCCAGUGCUUAUCAUUCACGGUACAGAGGACGAGGUGAUCGACUUCUCCCAUGGCCUGGCUCUGUUCGAGCGCUGUCCCAAGGCCGUGGAGCCGCUCUGGGUGGAGGGGGCGGGCCACAACGACAUUGAGCUUUACAGUCAGUACCUGGAGAGGCUACGACGCUUUAUUAACCAGGACCUGGCUGCACAGCAUGCCUGAGAAACACACAGCCUCUCUGUGUUUGUAUGAAUGAGACUGUGUGUGUGUGUGUGUGUGUGUGUGUGUGUGUGUGUGUGUUUGUGAAUACGUGUGUGGGGGGGGGGUGGGGGUGGAUAUAGGCAUGUUUGCAUAAAAAUAUAGGUGAAGGGAGGGGGGGGGUCUAAAGGGGAUGUGUGAUUUUUGGUCACAUCUGUGUGUCUUGAAGCAGCACACCUUCAGGUUAAACACAAACACAAACUAUGUUCUGUUUCCUGUUUUAAAGGUUAGAACAUUUUUAAUAAGGAUAGAUGACACUCUAUUCUUUGAAAAACACUAAAAACUACAGUAGAUAAAGAAACAACCUCACAGAUGCAGUUUUUAAUGAGGGAAGAGUUUGAUUUGCAGCUUUAAAAUGUCUUCACCCGGUUCACAGUGUGCGUUGUCCCAAGAAAAAGGCAUCCAGAUGUAAUGGUGAAGUGUCUGGUGGUGAAUGUGUGUGCUAACACUGUGAGUGUUGCUUGUAUAUUCUUACCUCCAUGGACCUGUGACACCUGAAUAAUGUGUUCACACGUUUGUGUGUGGGUGAGCGCUGAUAGAAAUGAAGGACAUCCUGAUGACUUGGACAUCUGAGAGUGGAGGAGGCUUAUGGAGAUUUAUCAGAUAUUGGUGUUUUUUUGUUUUGUUUUCUGUGUCUGUAUGUAUGAAGAAUACCUCCACAGCUUGACCAGUUCUCUCUCCAGUGGACAAACACUGGUCAAGCACGUGCACCCUUCCUCCUCCACUCCUUGUUUACUGUUAAUGAACAUCCAUCUGACUGCCAGGGCAUUUACCAAGUUGUUGUCCAGCAAACACUACCCUGCUCCUUUUUUGUGGUUUUGGGGGUCCAUCUCCUGUCCUUUGGUUCAGUUAUGGUGGAAAUGCAAGGGACAAGCCUGGAGUACUGUCACAGUGUUAUGGCUGUUAGGUGUCUCAUACAUUUCUUUUUUUAUUUUGUCUCCAAAAAGAUCAAAGAAUGGCCAGCCUCCCUGUUAUUUCCCGGCUGUUACGUUUGACUGUCUGCAGAAUUGCAGCUACAUGCCACAGGGAAUUAUUUUAAUUUCUUUUUUUUUCCAUGUAUAGUUUGACAAUUUUCUUACCAGGAAUUAAUAAGUGGUUGAAAUGGAAACAAGCCUGUCAGAAGGCACAUUAACAGUACUGCUAUAGAAAAGCAGGUCUACUCAGUAUUUCUCACAUCGCAUUGAUUUGAUUGGCUCUUAACAGAAAUCUGUUGCCCAUCAGGUACUAAUGACGUUAAGAAGUUGGAGUGCAUGGGUUUGGCAAGAUUUAAGGAAAGGUUUGGCAAUUUGGGACAAACAUACAAUUGUUCCAGAAGGUGACUGCACCCAGAAAAGAAGUUGUCCAGCCUGUAACACCCCAUAAAACAACUGCAUGUCACAUACAAAGGGUUAUAUAGUAAGGUUUAUAGUGGCUGCUGAGUGGAUUUUGUCACCUUUGCUUAGAGCCAGGCUGGCUUCCCCUCUGCUUUUCCAGUCUUACUUGUAAGCUGGAAAUUGCUGGUUGUCGCUUCACAUAUAUAUACACAGGUGUGUCAUUCAUCUCAUGUGACUUCCAGCAACAACAACGACAAAAAAAGAAGCAAAUAUGCACAUUUAGCAGAUGUCAGAUUGUACAUUUUAAGCCUGGAGUGCAGCUGUUGAGAAGGUUGUGAAUAAUUGUAGUUUCUUCUGGUGAAUUGUGGAGAUUGAUGCUCUGGUUGGAUUCAGAGGCUCUAAAGGAAUAAGGAGACAAAAUAGCUGCUCAUUUCCCCCUAACCCAUAAGAUGUUAUGUUCAUUUUAUUCUGAAUUACCGUGCUUCAUUAGAAGUGUACUGAGAAUUUGUAGUCUUACAGCACAAGUUGAUUUCGAUGUCUUGUUACCGUAGCACUCAUCACCAGGGUUAGUCAGCCUCCGCACAUUUUUUUUUGUAGCGUGUUUUUGUUGUUGUUUUAUUUCUCGUCAUGAUUGUAAUGUGUUUGGUUUAGAAUGGGCCAUGGGUUGUUUCAGAACCACGCGUGUUAAUGGUAAAGGCUAGGAGUGCGAUUCGGAUCAGGUUGCUGUGAAGGGAGAUCAUGUCUACUAGCUCUGGUUUAACCUCCGUGGCCCUAAAUGUACAGGAGCUCUUUUAUGGGUGGCAGCACACUUCAUGUGUGACACAAGCCAUAUUUGAGCCUCUCACUGUUGGUGUGGUGCAGGUUCCACCACACACACAGACACACACACACAUACACACACCUUUGCACAUCAUCACACACAUACACACACCCACACACACACACAUACUGUCUCAUACAGUAUAUUUACACAUUUAUAUAUAUCAGAUCAAGCAUGACGAAAGCAGGUCUUAAGUUCAGCACUAUUGUACAAAGUAUCCAAAGUGUAAUAAGGGUAUAAAAUGUAAGUUUCUGUGUCUUCUUCAUUACUAUAGAGUGUGUUCUAAAGGCCAGCAUCAAAGAUACAAGAGUCCUGUUUGGACUAACAGGCCCUGAAAAAAAGCAUGAGAAGGUGCCUACUGCACAGCAGACCCGCCGGUGUCAGUGAUAGUAGCUGCGUUUUGUCAGAGGGAACAUUUACUGAACUAGCACUGAUCUGAUUACUUCAUUUUGGGAGUACCAGUGGGGCUUGGUAAGCAGCGGAGCAGAAUUACUGAACACCACUCAACUUCCUGUUAUCAUUUUUAAACUGGGGAAUAUUCCCGGUUUCAUCUUGUGUGUGUUUUUUCUGUCUGAUUUUUGAAUAACGGAAAACUGCUACCUUCUCGAACCAGGGAUCUGAGCUGUCGGAAGAAUUUGAGAGAGUUAUUUAUUUCCUCUCUCUCUAGAAGGUAAACAGUGUCUUUGAGUUUUUCGUUGACAGGUCGGGUUAUCAGGGAAUCCUCUGUAUCCACAUCUCACUCAUGGGGUCAAAGAAACUGUGUGGAAACCUACCGUUUUAUUGAUGCACCACUAUAGUUGAUGUACAUUGUAUCCUCUGGCCUUGAAUGUUUAUUGAUGUGGUGGGGGUUCGCGGGUGGGGUGGGGGGGGGUAACAGUGGGGAAAAAAAUGAAACUGUAUGCAUGUCGUGUUUUGCGGAGCAAAUGAGGGGGUGGUUCAUUAUCUAUCGUGUAGUCUGCGGGAGGGUAAAGCUGAACUCACGGCAUUGAAACAUUGAAGCGCUUUUUAAAAAUGAAAAAAAAAAAUGGGACAUUUGAAUUUUUUUAUCGCUGAUACUAACUGAUGUGUUGUUGAGUUUUGUGCUAGAGUGGGGCAGUGGCGGGUGGGUGGGGCUAGAUAAUAUUAGUGGACUGUUUAUAUGGUUACUGUACUUACCUAUUCUAUUCUUUGUAUUAUGAUUUGUAAUUUUAUGUUGCUUUUUUUGAACUGAGAAUAUGAUGUAAUGAAAUUAAUUCAUGGGACUGAAUCUUGACCUUUUUAUGGACAACAAAAUAAAAUCACUUAUUUACAAAAA